UUCAGAUGCAACAAGGCUGUGCGUAGUGGGAAUAUUAUAUUCAAUUCACACUACGCCUCCAAACAUGUAUUGCUCCCACCCCUGCACCACCCAGCAGCACAUCUCUCCCAAGUGAACCUCCUCUCCACUCUGUCUUCUAUAAGUGCUACAGCAGUCUGUGCCUGGCAGGCACACUGAGUGGAUGCACAGGGUCUCACAUAGGAAUGAGAGCGUGUGUUAUUUUGUGCUAAAUAAGUGGAAUCUCUGUCAAAUGGAUAUACAACACCUCUAAGGACUGAGGAAAGGACUGCAACUCAAUUAAGGCUUCCUUUAAGAUAGCACAAUGACCAAAAAACUAGUUCUCAACACCACCAGGGAGGGCCUGAACCCGUUCAAUUCCUCAAGAGUGCCGGAAAACCCUUUGUCGCACCAGAACAUCACCUAUGUUGAUUUCUACCUCCACAAGCCCUCUGUGGCUGCUGUAUUUACUAUCUCGUACCUGCUCAUCUUCCUGGUGUGCAUGGUGGGAAAUGGGGUGGUGUGUUUCAUCGUGCUGCGCAGCAAGAACAUGCGCACCGUCACCAACCUGUUCAUUCUCAACCUGGCCAUCAGUGACCUGCUGGUUGGCAUCUUUUGCAUGCCAACCACGCUGGUGGACAACAUCAUAACAGGAUGGCCCUUUGGAAAUGUAGUGUGUAAGCUGAGUGGAAUGGUUCAAGGGAUAUCUGUGUCAGCAUCUGUGUUCACUCUAGUGGCAAUAGCUGUUGACAGGUUCCGCUGCAUUGUCUACCCUUUCAAGCAGAAGCUGACCAUCGCCACCUCAAAACUAAUCAUUGUCAUCAUAUGGGUCCUUGCCGUGUCCAUCAUGUGUCCUUCGGGGAUCAUGCUCCAGGUCACAAAGGAGCAGAGGGUGCGAAUUGUUGGAGGCAACAAUGACACUCACCCUUUCUUCUGGUGCAGAGAAAAUUGGCCCAAUCAGGAGAUGCGGAAAAUCUACACCACAGUUCUCUUUGCAAACAUCUACCUGGCUCCUCUCAGCCUGAUUGUCAUCAUGUACGCCCACAUCGGCUUCACCCUCUUCAAGACCACCAUUCCCCCGUUGAGGGGAAGUGGAAUUAGCCCAGGGGAAGGCAGUGGCCAUAACAAGUUAAGCAUGGAAAAUCGGCACACGAUUUCAAGGAAGAAGAAGCGAGUGAUAAUGAUGCUGCUGGUUGUGGCUCUGCUCUUCAUCUUAUCCUGGUUGCCUCUGUGGACGCUGAUGAUGCUGAGCGACUACGCCAGCCUCACAGAGCACCAAUACCGCAUCAUUAAUAUCUACGUGUAUCCAUUAGCUCACUGGCUGGCCUUCUUCAACAGCAGCGUCAACCCCAUCAUCUAUGGGUUCUUCAAUGAGAACUUCCGCAGAGGCUUCCAGGCAGCUUUCAAAUUCCAGCUGUGCUCUGCUGAGAUUGUGAAAACGAGGACCUACUCCCAUCGGAUCAGAGCGAAUGCCGUGGUCCCGGUUCAGCCUGCCGCUCUCAGCAGAUCAGGCUCCGGAGGUGGAUCAGCGUUAGUGGGAAAUGGGAACUGCUCGUAUCAGGAGGGAGAAUGCUUGGCUGAUCGAAAUGAUAUCAAAGAACAGGAUCUGGUGAUGGAAGACCUGGAAAAAGUGUCCCAGAUUUAGAGAGACUGAGACAGAGCAGUGGUCUGACACUUCAGGAGAAUCAUGUGUUGCAUUCUUAGGAUGGGAAAAACAUGACUCAUGUACAUGAUUGAGCUCCAUUGUUGAAAGUACUUUCAAGCUUUGCAACAUUUGUAGUCAUGAGUCAUUUCAGAUAUCCCUUGUGAAUGUUUUUUUAAUGGUUUUAUAGAGUAGAUAAUGUCGUAAACAGAGAGUGUUUAAAGACCUGGAAAAGGUAGUUUAAAAUGUCAAGUUAAUGUUAAGCAACAAUCAAAGUGAAUGUUUGAAAAAAAAUCCCUCUCUCGUUAUUAUUGUCACAGUGGUGGAUUUUGUGAUAUGUGUAGUAACCACAGCAACGGCACGCGUCACAUCCAACCCUGCCUGAGCACACAUUUACAGCAAAGUCAAUGAAACAAUCUUGUUUUAACAAAGAACUAAUUCACUUGCGAUGGCAACUGUGAUCUGAUUUCCCACUCCAUAUGACAGCAAGGGUUUUUCAAAUGGCAGGUCAGAGUGAUGGUGGUUAUGUUCUAAGGAGUCAUAACUCACUGCUGUGACUGUUCAGUCUGGUUGUAUAACUUCCUGGCAAAAAAAACAAAAACAAAACGAUAAUAUGCUGACAAUAAAACACCAAGAACAAGUUGUUUUGUAGAUGCAUUUUGAUGAGCGAUCGUAGUCAGGCCUUAUCGUAGUCAGUUUAGUGAUGGAUAAGUUAUAUAUCUUACUACUGCUUCAAAUUUCCAGUUUCAAACAUUUCAGGAGAAUCCCUUGUCUGUGCUGUUUUAAUUAAGUAUGGGAAUAGUGGCCUAAUACAAAGAAAGGUAAUUAUAGAUAGCUGAAAUAGUAAAUUGAAGAUUGCUGGAAGAAUGCUGACCAUAGUUUUUUAAUUCAUAAAAAUUCUGAGGAUUGUCUUCAAGAGAUUAAUAGUCAAAACCCAGAUGAUCUGCUUCAUCAACACGGUGUGGCUGCGGUUUAUCAGAUUUAACUAAACAACCCAGAGAAACAACACAUCAGGUUCACAUGUGGCUCACAUGUUGGUGUCUGGGAAGUGUGAAAUUUCCUUUUUGCAACUGACUCGCAGCCACAUGCCGUCAAAAGCCAAGAAAUUACCAGAACAGCUGCAAAUAAAAAUAAAAUUGAGAAGCUUGAAUGAGAAAACAGGAAAGGGCCUUCAAGGAGAAGAAACCUAUUACGAAUGUUCUAUAUUUUGUAACCACAAUACUAUAAACAUGGUUGGAUUACAUGAGAUUUUUAUGUUAAAAGCUUCAAAUGUGUUCUUGUUGUUCAUGUACUCCAAGUGUAUUAUCCAAGUGUAAUUCCUAUAAAUACCUUUCUAUAAAUACCUGCAAGAUUCGAUGAACUGGACAGUGAAAUUCACAUUUCGAUUAAGCUUUUAUUCAUAAGUGUAAUAGACAUUGUUCUCACUGCUGUAAGUUUCACAAAGACUGAAAGCCCUAUCCCUUUGUUAGCUGAAGUAAUUUAGAGCAAGACAUUAGAACAGCAUGCCUUUCAAAGUUGAAGUGCAAUUCAGUGUGAGUUGUCAUCCUCUCCCAGUCAGAGUGCACGCUCCACUGUUCAGCGGCAGUUGGCAGUGAGCUGACGGCUGUGACAUGCAGCAGCAAGGGAAAAAGAUCGCAGACUCAUUUGGAAAGCGUCCAUGUGCUCCCCUGAUCUCUGCUCCUCACUGGGCGCUAUGAGAUUUGAACACUUAAAACACCGCAAGCGGCAAAAGUUAUAUUUAUUAUCAGAGGUAGGAUUUGGCAAGAGAAGAAAUGUGUGUAGAUAGAGCCUCUUCUGAAUGCAGAUUUUAGAGAUUUACUGUAUCAUACUGAGGACUGACAAUGUGCAGAGUGUGGUCAUGCAUAGGAUGGACACUUAGCAAAUUAGGAAACAAAGCGUACAUAAUAAAAUAAUAUAUAAUGCCAUAUAGCCAUUUAUGAUCAUGAGCUAGUUUUUUUUUUCAUGGCUACUUGAAAAUGAGAGCUCCACUUAAAACCUUCGCCUCUCAAGCACAUAGUAUGUUAGCUGUGUGUUAUAUGCUCUGCUAUCAUGAGAAAACCUGACAUUAAAGCCACUUUCAUGGCUGUAAAGUCAUCGUUCUCACAUUAUCAUGCUGCCAUUUUGCUUUCACCGCAGCUCUGUCAAGAAUGGACAGCGUUCAUGUAAAAAGUUCUGUGCAUGGACACGACAACAUUAAAACCACCAGUCUAAUAUUGUGUAGGAUGCCAAAACAGCUCGAUCAGUUGUUUGCAUGGACACACUGUAAUGUAGUGACUGGUACAGUGACAUUAUCGGUAGGUAGUAUCGGUCCCAUAGAUUGGGCUUGAGCUGGUGCAGCUUGAUCCACACCUUGAGCUCUUUUUUGUGUUCCUCAAGCCAUUCCGUCACAGUUUUGUGGUCCAGCAGGGCAUAUUGUCCUAUUGGGGGAAGUUACUGGCAUUGCUCGAUUGCUGUUGCCUUGCGAGCCCCAUUUUAUCUGCAACAGUGUUUAGAUUGGCGGCAGAUGAUACAGUCCCAUCUCCAUUAAUUCCAGUAUCCAGGGUUCCCCAUCUGAACAUUGCAUUGUAACACGAUAAUUAAUGUUAUUAACUUCAUCUGUCAGUGGUUUUAGUGUUGUGGUUGAUCAGGCCAUGGUGUCUAAUAACCACUUAUGGUCUCCAGAAGGCAUGUUCAGUUUUUUUCAAAGCCACCGAGUGCUCUACUUAACUAUAUAAUUAACCUUGACUUCAUAGAAGUAUAUUAUGCUGUGUAAAAAACUGACAUUAGAGUAGCUUUACUGGCUGUAAGUAAUGUCAGGAUGCUGACAUUAUGAUGAUGGUAUUUUGUGCCCACCACAGCAGUAAUAACUGCAUCAAUCAUGCACAACACGUGUCAAAAUGAAGUAUUUUCUGUGCAUAUGUUCAAUAGAUAUUCAUAAUGACUGUAUAGAAAAUGAAUCAAAUGGAAUCUAUUAACUCACUAUGAGAUCCAUGAUUUUCUGUUAUUAUUACUAAGCUUCAGUACAUAAUGUUUAGUUGUCAAAGUUUAAAGGUACCUUGUUGAGUUUUUGACCACUCUUGGCAUUGUGGAGCAAUGUUUUUUAGGCUCUGAUCAGUGCUUUGCUUGUAUCAUGCACAAGGACUCUUUUGCACGAUGUAAUACACCAUCAGUUUCGAAGCUGUUCUGUUAAUCAACAUGUGGUUGUACAGUGAUGAUAAAGCAGAAGACCAUAGGACAAUAAACAGCUUUGUGUAAAAUAUUUUUUUAAAAAGUAGACUUUGUACAUGUUUUAUGAGGAUGGAAAUUUAUUACUUUAAGUUAUUUAAUAAUCUGACAGACCAUGACACAUUUAAUCAUUUUUAUCUUUAGCGGCCUGCUGCUAAAUUAAUAUUACUGUAUGGAAUGAGUAAUUGUAAUGGAGGUGUGAUUGAUUUGCAUUGGUAGUCUCUUUAAUGUAUGCUGCAGUGGCAUUUGAGCAUGCUUUCACGGAUCGAUGUGCUCUUCAAACAGCAUAUUCUCUAAACAGCUGCACAUCAUGUCAGAUUGUGUGUGUGUGUCGUGGUUAUGAAAGUCAAAGGCGCUACUGAGAGCAGCCACACAACCAGCCUCAGGGAUUGAAGGGAAAAGAAGAAAACCUCAUUGACAGAGUCAUGAAGUGUAUGUAUUCUGUGCAGUUUACAUUCAAGCUCUUUUUCUCAUCAUUUUUGAUAAUGUGUUUUUAGUUUUAGCAGAACCUUACAGAUAAGAUCUUUCUGAAGACGCUCGGUUUUCUCAUUCACCACAUGAAUGUAAGGAAAGAUGGGAAAUGCUCCCCCGAAGACAAAAGUCUGACAAUGUGAUCAUCUUGUACUCACUUGGUAUCUAAUUCUGUUUAUCUAUCAGCCUUCACACACAUAGAUGUAUGUUUUAAUAUGUAACAUAUAUAUAUUCCAACCAGCUUGUUUGCUUAUUACUGCCUGUCAGCAUUUGUAAAACACGUUGUAUUGCCAAUGUUCUUUGCCGCUUGUUUGCAAAAAUGGAAACAGAAAUUUUCUGACAGUUUGUUAUUGAAAA